UUCCAAAAAGACUACUGAGUUGUGUUUAAGGAUCUGUUUGGAAACGCUGCCUUAUGAAAUUGAACUAACGGAGUUUAUCGUGGAAGAAUGAGGAGUGCGCGAACAACAACGGAGCAGGUCGGAAGGUGAUACCAUGCUGCGCUUUAACCCAUGGAGAGAUGGCAUAUAGGGUUAUCUCCAGAAGCGCGGCGCCGUCCUCCAGCUCCAAGUUCAGCAGCAGCAGGUUCAUGUUCAUCUUCACCCUCUCGCUGUCCUUUACGUACGUGUGCUACAGUCUGCUCUUUUGCUCCGCUCCUAUCAUGCCAACCGGACGCUUGGAGGAGCGCCGGUGCGCCCACGGUGGAGAAGCAGGCAGCCCCGGCUCCAAAAAGCUGCUACACCAGUCACCGUCCUGCACUUUCACUCCUAGCUCAGAUUCUAGCGAACUUAAAGCAUUGGCGGAUGCUGUGAGUCGUGCACCGAACCGAAGCGAGCACGCGAACCAGCGAAGUUCUCGUACGCGCAGUCCCAAACCGGUAAACAGCACCAUGAUCGCGACUGCGCAAAGGUACGGUAACAAAAAACUACCCAACGCGCUUAUAGUCGGAGUAAAGAAGGGUGGUACGCGCGCAGUGCUCGAAUUUAUCCGCAUCCAUCCGGAUGUGCGCGCCCUCGGCACCGAGCCGCACUUCUUCGAUCGCAACUAUGACAAAGGACUGGACUGGUACAGAAGCCUAAUGCCACGCACACUGGACAGCCAAAUCACCAUGGAGAAAACCCCAAGCUACUUUGUUACACGUGAGGCCCCACGCCGCAUCGCCAGCAUGUCCCAGGACACCAAACUCAUUGUAGUGGUGCGCAAUCCAGUGACACGAGCCAUCUCCGACUACACACAGACUCUCUCCAAAAGGCCCGACAUCCCCAGCUUUGAGGAACUCGCUUUCAAGAACAGGAGUCAGGGUUUGGUAGACACCUCGUGGAACGCCAUCCGCAUAGGCAUGUACAUCCUGCACCUGGAGAACUGGCUGCAAUACUUCCGGCUCUCGCAGAUCCACUUCGUGAGCGGCGAGCGACUCAUCACUGAUCCGGCCGGUGAGCUAGGACGCGUGCAGGACUUCCUGGGACUCAAACGUAUCAUCACAGACAAGCACUUCUAUUUCAACAGAACGAAAGGCUUUCCCUGCUUGAAAAAGCCUGAGAGCAGCAGCACCCCACGCUGCCUAGGCAAGUCCAAAGGCAGGACACAUGUGCAGAUCGACCCGGAAGUCAUCGAGCAGUUGCAGGAAUUUUAUAGACCUUUUAAUGUAAAGUUUUAUGAAAUGGUGGGACAUGACUUUAGGUGGGACUGA